UUCGUAUGGAUGAGAUAUAUUUUAUCUUUAUAUAUAUAAUUAAACAAGUAGUACGAUUAAAUAGCUUGGAGGGCAUACUCUCUACCUAUAAGCAUUGCUGUGAAUUGUAAUAGAUAAAUGAUUACACUUGCAUGGCAUUAUUAAUCCAGUUUCAUUUUGAAGGAAGAAGAUGAGACGCAGAUCUGCACAUCAUGGCCUCUCUGUACUCUGAGCCUCCUACCAUUGCAAUUACUUCACUAGUUUUGCUUCUUCUCAUUUCCCUUCCACCCACAAUCCUCUCACAAAAUCCCCCCAUCCCCACUGACCCAACAGUAACUGAUUGCACUCCAAGGCUGCUACCACUGGCCGCAUGUGCCCCAUUUGUUCAGGGCAUGGCUCAGACACCAGUUCAACCUUGCUGUGACAACCUCAACCAACUCUACCAGGAGCAGCCUGGUUGCAUUUGCCUCUUGCUCAAAGACACCAACUUGAGCUCUUUCCCAAUUAAUCGCACCUUAGCCCUGGAGCUGCCUGCUCUUUGCAACGUGCAAAUUAACAUUGCUGCCUGUUCAGGGACCCCUCAGGUCCUCUCUAGUCCACCUGCUUCUCAAGUUUACCCGGGAGCACCCUCCAAUUCUUCUGUUGGGAGACACACCGACUAUUCUUUUGCUGCUUCUCCUGUGGUUGAAGGGGAGCCAAGAUCCUCCAUCAUGGGAAUCGGAUUUCAUCGGAGUACUGGUGUUAAGUUGGAGGCAGAAGGUUCUUUGAUGCUUCUGGUGACUUUGGCAGUCGUUUCUUUAUCAAAAGCAUUUCGUUGGGUCUAGGUUAAUAAUAAGCAUGUUGUGUUUAUCCUAUAUUGGUAUUCUUAGUCUUAGUAUUUGGGAUAAUACAGUGCUGGUUUUAAACAGUUGUUUCUUAUGGAUGAUUGCACCUGUAUUAGAAAGGUUAACCAGUUUGGAGUGUAAAAGGUAAGUGCUUGAACGGCAUUUUUUAA